AUGGAUAAAAAGUGUGACCGGGGAUCGACCUCGGACCUAGUAGAUGAAGGUCCGAAGCCUUAUCAAUUGGGCUACGACCCAUCUCUUACCAUAACUUCUAUUACUAGACCUGUAGCAAUAGUACCUCCAGCUACAACUACACUUCAUACAAUACCUUUGAAUACAUCUCCUUCAACUACAGCUUCAGCUACAAGACCUUCAACAGAUGGAGUUUGGCUAACGGUGAAUAGAUCAUCAAGUAGCGGGCUGGAUACUCUAGCCGAUGUUGCAAUGCGGCGGGCAAUGACUACAGAAUUAUCUGGACCAACACAGCCAUCCAGACGUGUACAACCUGUGAGUCUUGCAUGUACUGAGACUGUACCUGAGGAGCAUGAAUGUCGUAGUUGUCGUCGUGGAGCUCGGAUUGAAACUUUUCGCAGGAGAUUAAUCCAUAGAUCUAUGAACAAUCCAGCAUUUACUCUACCUGCAGCUGGUAGAAUUUCUACACUUACAACCGAACUCCUAACUAUUGCUGAAUUGGCUGGAAAUACACUUGAGGGAUACUCCUAUGCUUGCGGGCUGCAACCUACAGUAAUAUCUGCUCUAUGGGAGGACCUCCGCAGCACUUUGGAGGGAGUGCUGAGGCAAGCUACUAGUCAGAUGGAUAACUUAAUAACGGAAAGAAUCCCGCGGCCAUCGGUAUCACCAAUCGACUCAGCGGCAUUUUGUCGUCAGCAAACGCUGAGUGCUGACGCACAUACAGACAUCAACACGCUGAUGGCAGUGACGAGGUUAUCAGCGUUCAGCACUAACUCAUCGGUCAACAACAUUUCUCUUCCAUAA